GCUGUGUGGAGGCAGUAUGGAGGUGCUGCCUUGCUCCAGGGUGGCUCACAUCGCCCGGAUGAAGAAACCCUACCUCAGUAACAUCGCUCUGCACACACGGCGGAACGCUCUGCGAGUGGCCGAGGUCUGGCUGGACGAGUACAAGUCCAACGUGUACCUGGCCUGGAACAUCCCCAUGGAGAACCACGGUAUUGAUUACGGAGACAUCUCUCAGAGGGUGGCUCUCAGGAAGAGGCUGCAGUGUAAGAGCUUCGAGUGGUACCUGGACAAUGUUUACCCAGAGAUGAGGAGGUACAACAACACGGUGUUCUACGGAGAGAUUCGUAACUCCAACGCCAGCCACCUGUGUAUGGAUCAGGGUAUAAAGGAGAACCACACGGCCACGCUGCAUCCCUGCCACGGCACAGGGCCUCAGAUAGGGCGGUUCACCAGGGAGGGCCAGCUGUUCCUGGGGCCCCUGGGCAGCACGGGGGACGAGACCCGCUGCGUGGUGGAUGACCAGACCAGCAGUCUGCCUCAGCUGCUCAACUGUGACAAGGUGACCAACGUCAGGCAGAAGACCUGGCACUUCUCUCAGAAUGACACCAUCAUAAACCGAGCGUCAGGGCGCUGUCUGGAGGUGGCCAGCAGCCGCCUGGUGCUGGGGCCCUGCUCCGGACAGAGGUGGCUCAUCAAGAACACCAUGAAGCAGUAGGGGCCAAUACCCCCGGGACCCCUGACCCCAGGGGCCGUUAAGAGGCCCCUGAGAUCGGCCCCUGAGAUCGGCCCCUGAGAUCUGCCUCUGCCAAGGCACAGCAGGCAUCUCAAGAAGUGACAGAGGAGACCUCUCAGUGAUGCAAGGCUUGUGAAAAAUUAAGUUUCUUUACAAAGCGGACAUUAAAAAUAAUGCAAGUUCAGAAUGAGGACUGUAUCUUUCCACCUGACCGACUUCUGAUGUGACGUUGCCAUAAUUCCUGUGCCACGUUUUGUCUUAUGUGGAGGAAAAAUAAGGUUUUCUGCGUCUUCAAAAUAUUUGUGCAUUGUUCCAUUCUGUAUCAUGUAACGUCUUGGAGAUAUGUAAAAGAAUAAAAACCCUGAAAUUACAUUUUCAGAAAUGAUCAGAAUCCAUCGUAGUUUGUAAUGGGCUUCGUUAGUGGUUUUAAUCUCAAGAUACCUUGAAAUGAGGGACGCUGCAUUACAUUUUGAACAUAAAUGCCCCAUAGUGAUUUUUAUACUCUUCUGAAGGGAGUAUUGAGCCUGUAUAUAUCUAUAAUUUGAAGAAAAAGGCAUUGACAAUUAUUAAUACUUCUAUCAGAGCCUAAUUGUUUUGUAGUUAUUGUGAAUCAUAAAAAAAACACAUUGUCGAGGGCUACUGGGCUGGAUCAUGGUUUAAUAUGUCGUGGAUGUCUUUUUUUAUUGUCAUUUUUCCAUUGGAUAGCACCAAAUGCAGUACAUCUUGUAGCAUGAUUGUACGUACUGCACACGGGAAGAGGGCAGAAAACAGGCUGCA